AUGGAGAAGCUCCGCAGGAGCAGGAGCACGCGCCCUCGGAGUCCGCCGGAGAAGAAGGGCUUCCUGGCCAAGACCGUGGAGCGGUGCCGGUCCCUGGGCCGGCGGCCGCCACCGUCACCAGCACUGCCGUCGGCGCCGGCGGGGUGCUUCCCGGUGCUGGUCGGCCCGGAGAAGGAGCGCUUCGCGGUGCGCGCCGAGCGCGCGAACCAUCCACUGUUCAGGGCACUGCUGGACGAGGCGGAGGCCGAGUACGGGUCCCCGCGAGCCGGCGCCGGGCCGCUGGUGCUGCCGUGCGGCGCCGAGGAGUUCCGGCGGGUGAUGUAG